AUGUCAGCCGAUAAAUGUAUUAUAAUAAUAGCAGGAAUACCAGAAGAUGUAUAUUUUUGUCAUUUAUGUUACAUAAUAGAAUAUAAAAAGAUUUUUAAAAGUGCAGCUGAAUGGAAGCCAUGGCUACAAAAAAUUUGUUACCGUUGGAAUUGGUCACAUAAAAAGUCACCAUUGAUUUGGAGAAAAGUUGGUUUAUCUAAAAAUAAUGUUACUUACAUCGGAAGUAUUACUCAAUUUUGGGAAUUUUUACAAACGCAUUAUAAUAUUAGUACUUGUAUUAUGCAAGAUGAUCUUAAACGAUUACAAUUGGAUUAUUUACUUAUGUAUGAAGCAACAUUAAAAUUACCACCUGUGAAAACGUCACUUAUACAACAUCGUUGCAUUACAGUAAUAGGUGCUGGAAAAGCAUUAUGUUUAGACUUAAUCCCACAAUUAAUAACAACUAAAGAGUUAUGGUUAACGAAUGGUAUUAUUGUUAAUUUAUAUGAUGAACCUGGUUGUUAUUUUAAAAUCAAACAUAUUGUUAAGGAUAUGGAGGCCAUAGGAGGUGGUUUGUAUGCAACAAGAAUCAUAGAAAAUAUUUCAGAUGGAUUAUGUGAUUGUGAUAUAUUAAUUAACUUAGACGUUAUAUCGAAGGAAGAAAAUGAAAGUACUAAUUCUUGGUUACGAAGUAAUUAUGAUAGUAUGGCUAAAUUAGCAAGGCAGAUAAACCGAUAUGCACCUUCUGAAAUGAAAGUUCUUUUUUGUUCAACAAGUGCAAGUUGUUUUUGUGUAAAUGUGCUUCAUGCUUUAGUAACUAAAUUGCCAAAGACUAGUAUGGUAGCUGUUAGUACUCAUUAUGGGCUAGAAAUAAUGUAUAAUUUCAUAACAAAAUUUAAUUUGCCUGUAUACAAUUUUGGGUGUCCUCCUGUAUGGGGAUUUUUGGGAAUUAAUCGUUUUGUGGAUGUAUGUCAUAUGAUCCAGAAAUAUGAAGUAUACAAACCGAAUAAUAGAGCCAUGUUUGCAGAAGAAGGUACUACAUUACCAUUGGGAUUUAAAUAUCCAGAAUUGCGAUAUUUUUUUUAUUCAGCACACGAUAACAACCCUUAUAAUGGUUAUUUCGAACGUAAGGCGAUAACACAAUAUCAAGUUGGACGUAAUGAGAAUUUUCAAGUAUGCAAAGCUAUUUGCGAUCUCUUAAAAUUAUGGUAUAGCAGCGAAGAAAAUAUUGGAGAUGAAAUUAUUUCUUUAGGAAUAUCUUCUGAUGGAACAUUUGGAAUUCCCGAAGGAUUAGUAUUUUCACAGCCUGUAUAUUUAACAAAUUUAAAAGAUGGAUCACGCGUAUGGAUGCCAUUUAAUAAUUUUCCAUUACCUUGUAUACCAUUACACAUAUUUAACAAUUUGAUUUUAACUGCAGUCAUUUUGAAAGAACAAUUU